AUGGCGCGGAUAGCGGAACUACGCCCCGUUCUCCCCAAGCCAUCGCCCCACGAGCACCAUACGACUGUUGCAGACGCCGGCCCCGUCCAUCACCCUUCGACUGGUAUUCCACACGCCAGCCGACAUCAUGGACAUGCAUAUAGUCCCUAUAACCGAACCUACGAGGGCUUACAUAGCAACAUGGGAAGCGACUCGUAUAGCGUCGCUCAAAAUAACCUAGGUACUCUAUCUGAUCCCCAAUUGCCCGAAGGUUUCGGUUCCCAGUUGACGUCCCAAGCACUACAAUUCGCUACUGGGUGGACCGAUACUUUCGCCCAGAAUGUGGACAAUGAUGGCCUUUCAUUCCCAUCUGCAUGUGGAUGCGGAGACAAUUGCCUCUGCCCAGGCUGCCUUGAGCACAAUCCCUCUCCCCAUCGUGCACCGUCCCCUUCGGCGUUCGCCCACUGCACUAAUCCUGGGGCUUGCUCCAGCUGCUUGGACUGCACCAUACUGUCUCUCCCGGCUUCCAUUCCCCCUCAGGGGUCGCCCAUCCCCCCACUAGAUCCAUACCAAAGUCAAGCGCUAGACGAAUGGAUCCGCCGUGUUUCGGGCAUUGCACUAUCCACAUCAGAAACCCAAAACUUCGCCCGCCUACCACAACGCGAUCCUCAACAGUCGCAACAGAUCUCGUUGCCUCCAAAUCUCCACAAUGGAGGCGGAACCAUCAGUCCGUUGCAACAAAUGCCCGAUCUUUCCGAGAGCUUUGUCAACGCUAUGCGCUGCUUUGGUGAAACAUGUAACUGCCCGCCGGGGAUGUGUCAGUGCAUUCAGUGCGAUGCGUAUCCCGCAGAUACCCCGGACCUGACGUUUGCUACGUCCGGAGUGCGUGGUAGUUUGCAGUACCAGCAAUCGACCGCCGCAGGGAGCUAUAAUACCUCGUCGCGCAAUGGUGCUUCUUCUUCGACGCAACAAAUCCCCGGUCGGCAUCCUCGUCCUAGCGCCCGACAAGGGACGACGUCUCAGUUGUCCCGGACCGCUGCGGCAGGGCAGAUGUCGACUCUUGAUGUUGUAGCCGCUGACAAUGCACGGCGUGCGUGGACCUUCAACGAACCCUCUGCAGUCUCAUCCGGCUCCUCGGCUAGUUAUGCCCGCAGUCACUCUGGGUCCUCGUCCUCAUUAGAAGAUACUUUCUCUUCAGAUACACCAUUCAGGGAUACUUUCCGAUAA